AACUGUGGUUUUGUUCAAUCAAAUCAUUUGUUUCAAUUAGUCCAACCAAUUGGUUGGUCAGUUACUGUCUAAUUGUUAACUGGACAUCGGAUACUAUCACAAAUACUAAAAGCGUCAUACAAUUCAAAAUCAAGAUGGCGUCCAGGCGGUGUAGAAAUAUGGCGCCGAUAUUACUUGUUGUACUGAAUUCACUGGUAUAUGUAGUAGCUCACGUCGAAACCUCCCUGUCCUUCGAAGGGUCUGACGAAGACUCCUCAAAGGCGGAUAACCGUAGGAUGGGUGAGGGUUCGCAGCAAUACGAAGGCCUGCCCAUCGAGUUCCCUAGCAGACGAAAUGAAGCUGCCAAUGAAAUAGUUCCACCUGAACCUACAACAACGACAGCACAGCAACCAUCAAUAACAGCACAGCCACCAACAACCACAACACAGCAACCGUCUACAACCACAAAAGCAGUCCCAACAACCACAAAGCUGGUGAUGGACCGUCGGUACCGACGCAUCUACAACCCUGACGAGGUGGCUGUGAUAGAAGACUUCCCUUACAUGGCGGCUUUGCUGGUUAACAAUGAUCUAUGGUGUGGCGCCGUCAUCAUCGACAAGGAUAAGGUGCUCACUGCUGCACAUUGUUUGCAACUCCAAUACAACAACCGAUUCUUCCGAGAAUACGUGAAGAUGCUGAACGUACGAGUUGGGUCAACCAACGCGACUGCAGGGGGUGAACUGCUACGUGUCUCCGAGAUCUUCUUCCACCCCAACUACAAGCCCCAGACCCUGGAGUUCAACUACGCAGUACUGAGGACCCAUAAGAACAUGACCUUCGGGAGGAAAGACCCCUACAUUGAGAAGAUCCCCAUCGCCAAGGACAAAGUUGUUCCAGUUGAUAAUACUAUUAUGUUCCUCGGUUGGGGAUCAGUUUUGGGUAUCGACGGUGGAGGUGGUCAGGUGCUCCUGCAGAAAGUCGCGCUCCCGGUGUACGACACUGCUGACUGCCAAGAGGUUUACGGACGGGACCUUGUAACUCGCACAAACUUCUGCGCUGGAUACAUAACGAUACCGAAGAAUGUUUGCAACCACGACGCAGGCGGUCCAGCGAUAAUGGACGGAGUCCUAGUCGGCGUGCUAUCGUUCUCCUCCAAGCGCUGUGACCAGCCUGACCAGCCAGCGGUCUUCUCCUCCGUGGGAGCCAUCGCCAGUUGGCUCGACAAGCUCGGAGAGAAGAAAGUGCAGCUGAGGACAUUGGUACAAUGAUGCUGCCUAAGCGAAGUUAUUUUUGCAAGCUAUUAAAACCAAUAAAAUUUUCAUAUGAA